AUGCCAGAUCCCAGAGACUACACGAUCGGCUGCGUCUGCGCCGUUAAGAAAGAGCUCAUCGCUGCUCAAGCGUUCCCUGACGAAGAUCAUGGCGAACUAGACUCGCAGCCGGCAAACGACAACAAUGACUAUACUCUCGGUCGGAUAGGCAAGCACAAUGGCGUCAUUGUGGUACUGCCGCACUGGGAGUACGGGCUCUCGCCAAGGUUACCGUUGAGGGAUCAGCGCUUGGGUACUUGCAUCGGUGUUUAUGCGUAA